AUUAAAUUGUCCGAUUUUCUAAAUAAAGGUAAUUUAAUUUAAUUAUCUUAUUUUUUUAUUAAAAAAUCAAGUAUUAUACAUUUGGCCGUCAUAUAAUGAAAAUGGAGAGCACGAGAGGGACGGCAAGGGGUGCGGCAACAGGGAUCGACGGUGAAUACGGACAGCGGCAAGGACACAGGAACAGGGCUGCAGGCUAUGGGUCACAGUUUUCCGGCUGGUCGACGACAUUUUUCUUUUAUAAUUUUCCGGAGGAGUUGGAGGCAAAAUUUCUAUGGAAUUGCUUUCAGAUGUAUGGCAAGGUGGUAGAUGUGUAUGUCCCAAACAAACGAGAUAAGCGAGGGAAGAGGUUUGGGUUUGUGCGGAUGGUAAGGGUUAAGAACGAGCUUCAAAUGGAGAGACUCCCGAACCCCCACCACUCCUUUGUAGCCUUCCUUCUUCCCGUCUGCACCUUUCUUUCUCCUUCCAGCUUGGUAUAGUGCUAAAUCUAUACUGUUCAGCUGAAAAUUUCUUGUAAUUUUACUGCUUUAUGUUUGGAUUUUCAUAGGUAAGUAUAAGUUUUGGUUAUGAAUUUAAGUUAGAGUUUUUGAUAGUUUAAAUUGAUGAGAUUUGACCUAAAUCCUUUGGUUUAUAAGAUUUGUUGGCAUUAAAAUUUCAUUAGAAAUAUCUUUAAUUUUUGGGGCUUGCACGGGAUGGAUGAUAAAUCAAUUUCCUUUUUCCAUGCUUGAUUUAGUGUGGAUUUUAUAGAUUAGUACUACUGUUAUUAUUUGUAUCCCUUGUAUGAUUAAGUUAGAAUUUAUAUAGUGAAUUGGUCCUUGAAAUUGUGGGUGAGCUUGGAAGCAGAUUGCUACUUUUUUAAUCACUGUUCACAUGUGUUGUUCACGUGUACUGUUCUCGCACCAUACCUUAAUUACUUUUAAUAGGGAGUUCUAUGGAUUAUGUGAGCUGUGUAUGUGGACAUUAGUGUGAACUUGAAUUUUUAGUACCAUUGAUUAAUAAAAACAUUAAAUGGGAUAAAGUUCUAAUCUUAUUUUGGAUAUAUUUUGAAUUUGUUUGAUAUGUGCAUGUGUUUGUGGUUAUGGAGUAAGUGGAUUUAAACUUAAAGUUUGGGGUAUUCAGUGGACCCUUCAGGUCUUUAAUGGACCUCUGUGCAGUAGGAUUAGUA